AUGUCUUUCUUCGGCUUCGGCACCCCCUCCAAGCCCCCGCCUGCGCCGUCGGCCACCCCGGGCACGCCAGCGACCCCGCCCGCUGCCGAGCGCGACUUGGGCGACCUCGCCCAGAUACUCGGCGACGACGCCGCGCUGCAAGAGGCGGCGUCGGCAGUGGCGGCGCAGCCGGCGGCGAUCAGCGCGAGCGUGCUCGCUGCGGAGCAACUGGCACUGGUAACGCGCCUGCAGGCGCUCUCCCACCGCCGCCUCAUCCGGCAGCACGCCCGCGCUGCAGCCGCAAGCUUCGGCGGUGCGAGCAGCUCUGGCAGAGACGGUGGGCCUGAGGCCGCCCUCGAUGCGUGCCACGUCCGCGGUGCAUCUCCCGCCGACGGCGUCGUCGAGGAGGGCGGCGGCGGCGGCGUGGAGCGAGUGCGCGCCACCCUCGCCGGCGCAGGCGCCGCCUCGCUGUACGUCCGCUUCUCCCUCGCCCGUGACCCGGAACGAGGCACGGCCGACCUCGAGCUCCAGCUGCAGCAGAUCGCGCCGGUCAGCCGCGCCUCUCGCUGCGCUGGUCGGCCCCGCGACUCCGGGUCGCCGCCGUGGACGGUGCUCGACGACUCGCUCCGCGCGAAGCUCGACGAGGUGCAAGAGCUGCUCGGCUUGCCCCCACCGGUCUGGGGCCCCGCCGCCGUGCUCGGCUUGCUGCUGUCGGCAUGCGCCGGCCUGCCCGGCUGCGAUCCGGCAAAGUCGAUCGCGGCUUCGCUGCGCGCGGCGCAUCGCGAGGAGGUGCUGGCAGCCGCCUGA